UUGGAGGCAGCAGGCGGUAGUAUGAAUGUAAACUGCUGUUUUUCAGCUGAGAGUUUCAGAGCUACCGUUCGUUAUAUAGCCAAAUAAUCAUGCUGUUUAAUUGCAGAUCUUGCAUAUUUAACAAGAUAGAUCGACUGUGCUGAGUUUCCUUAAUGCUUGCUCUGUCUUAAAGCGCAGCUUUAGUUAAGCUAAGCUUGUUUACUAGCUUCAGCUGUAAAAGUUUCCCUGCUACUUUGAAUUGGCUGCGGACAGACAGACAGACAGCUAUGGAUAAAACACCGGUGAGACUCUCAUCAGAGCAUCAGGAGUCUGUUCCAAGUGGAUCCAGUGUAAACAAGCCCAUGAGUGCUGCCCUGAAAGCCAGGUUAAAAAGAUCACGGCCUUCCUUUACAUCCCCUUUGAGUGUGGUCAAACGGCUUAAAGUGGAUGAAGAUGACUUACCACACAGUUUAAACGGAGAGGCAGAUCAGACUGGACCAACAGAGGAUGAGGCUGAGAUUGAUGUGAACAGAAAUGAGACCAAGAAAGACUUUAAAGACUGUGUGGAGAGAUGUGGGUCUGACCUUUCUCAGGCCUCUCAAAGUGAGUUACUUUACCUCCAAGAGAAAUUAAAGAAAGAUGUCAAGGAGAAAGCUGAGACUCUGCGAAGGCUGAAUAUGGUCAGAAUGUACAGAAAGAAGAACGAUCUGACCCAGCUGCAGAGUCUGAUAGAUAAAUGGAGGCGGUGUGCUCAAGCAGUGCUGUAUGAACUACAAACAGAAUUACCUACAGAUCGCCAGAAAGCCAGCCUCUCUCAGCUUAUUGACCACUUUGGACUGGAGGACAGUAUUCUGCACUUUGAUAGGACAGCGGAGGACUUCACAGACAGCUAAUAUUCAUUAAGGUCUUUUUUUGUUCUAUGUUAUUGUUGUUCUUGUCAUCAUAAAUCUCUGUUUUCAAUCCUUUACUGUUUAAAUCUUCAUUUAGGGGUUUGGGAACAUUAAGUGGUAGAAGUAUUAUUUUAACAUUGAAGAAAAGGAUGAUUCAAUGUAACUGAUUUUGAACUUAGUGCAUGUAAAACUGUCACAGCAUCCUGACUUUGAUUGAAGUGUUUUUCAAGUUACUGUGAAACUUCAUCGACAACAGAGUUUAACCUCUAAGUCAUUGUACUUAGUUUUUUGCACUUUGCACUUUUUGUUCACCUGUUUAAUACUAUUGAAAAUGCAAUUAUUUGUUAAAGCUGAUGUCUUUGCUUAAAAAGGUGACUGUGAAUAAACAACAUUUUGUUUAAAAUGA